UUCGUCCUCUAGAAGUAUCUAUCGAAGGCAACCGGCGGCCCUUAUCUGCCAAUAGCCCUGUAGAACUGGUUUGCCGAGCCACCGGCUCCCGACCUCCAGCUUCUAUCACCUGGUGGAAGGGUAAUACAAAGAUGAAAAGGACCAAAGAACGUAUUUCUAUCGACGGCUAUGUCACCACGAGUAUCCUAAUUUUCACACCGACAAGCGAAGACAGCGGGAAACACCUUUCCUGCAGAGCCGAGAAUCCUCUCAUAGCGGGCAGUGCUAUAGAGGACGGUUGGAAACUAGACAUCAACUAUGUCCCUCAGCUGACACUGAGAUUAGGCAGCAAGUUGAGACAUGCACACAUCCAGGAGAACAACGACGUUUACUUCGAGUGCAAUAUCCGGGCCUCCCCUUGGGUGUCAGAAAUAGGAUGGAAAUUUGAAGAUCGGGAACUCCACACCAACACAACCACUGGCAUCAUAGUGUCGAACCAAAGCCUCGUGCUGCAGAAAGUACAACGCUUCAGCAGAGGAAAAUAUACUUGUACUGCAACGAACACUGAAGGCACGGGUGAAAGCAACGACGUUUUCCUCCGUGUGCAAUUCGCUCCUUUGUGCAAGCCAGGCCAGAAGAUCAUCUAUGGCGCCGCUCGUCACGAAGCAGUGCGCGUGGUCUGCGAAGUUGAAGCAGAUCCGCGUGAAGUUUCCUUUCGCUGGCAAUUCAACAAUACGGCCGAGAGUCUGGAAGUUGUCACUUUCGUCAACGAAGGUACCAUAUCCACGGCCACUUACAUACCGAGGACGGAGUUCGAUUAUGGAACUUUGCUGUGCUGGGGAUCGAACAUCGUCGGUUCCCAGGUGGAGCCUUGCAUUUACACAAUCGUUCCAGCAGGUCCUCCUGACUCUGUGGAGAACUGCAGCGUGUCUAACCAGACGGAGGAGUCGAUUCUGGUCGAAUGCAGUCCGGGUUAUGAUGGGGGGCUGCAGCAACAGUUCAUUCUCGAAGUUCAUGACACGGCCCUGCACAGACUGCAGGUCAAUCUCAGCUCCCCCAGCCAUCCGACCUUCGAAGUCCGGGGCCUAAGCUCAGGGAGCACUUUCGUCGUUGUUGUUUACGCGGCCAAUGCCAAAGGAAGGAGUCAGGCAGUGGUGAUGAGGACCCACACAUUACCAGGACCUGAGAGUCAGACCAGAAGAGAUAAUGUGUGGCAAGUGACAUUCAGUCCCAUCCUUAUCGUCCUUCUUUCUGUUGUGCUUGGCCUCGUCUUUGUAGCCUUGGUUGUCGUGGCAGCAAUGAAAUGUCGAACAAGACAUGACCGUCAUAAAGGACAAAUCCUGGCCAGAAAGGCAUACAAAUUACAAACGGGCCUUGGGAAAGAUGACGAUAACAACGAAGCAGGAAAGAGUCCAGGGGAGGAGAAAGGACCCGAUAUCAUACCAGAUGUGAACAUUCCAUCGGAGCAGAGCGCGGAGGAAGGCCUCGACAAGCAGUUCUUGGCCGACGCUGCCAGCUUGCAAAUCAUGGGAGUAAAUGGAAUGGGACAAACUAUCAAUACAAUUAGCAGGCCUAGACAGAUGGAUCUUGAACAAGAAUCAGCGCUGAGGGAUUAUUCUCAUAUCACUCCCCAGAAGCGCGUCAAGGUUUUACCAAUUGAAGAAGGCGUGACCCUCCACAGACCGUACGUCAAGAACAUACAAACGGACGUUUAGACUACAAAUUAUUCAUCAAUCAUUUACACGUUUGCGAAUGUGCGCCAUCUUCGUUUCCACGGAAGCCUCCGACGGCUAUUCCUGUGACCUCCCGAAGAUGUACCAAAAAGAGGUACAAGGCACCAUCUGUAUGGUCGGUUCUGCAGCGUCUUUCAGACAUUUAGAACAAUAACAUUUAGAAACUCCAAAAACCCAUCGGCUCUGUUCUUAUCCAUAAAAUAUAAAAGUGAAUAUGCUGAACGUCUUGUGCUGACUCGCAAGAAACUUUUCGUGGUUUGUGUCAAAUCAAAUUACCGCAGAAGACUGAUUAACUGUUGGAAUCCAUGUAAAUAGCGUCUCGUGUAUGCGUACUGGCUGUUAUAAUUGACUGGUCACACUGCACUUCCGUGUAUAAAAGAAUAAUACUGCCGCGCGAAGGAUGGGAUGUGUUCCCUAGUCCCGAAACUUAUUUUUAUAUGCGUUCUAUUGUCCACAAUGAAGAAAGAUGUUUUUAAUAAAGUUUCUCAGGGAAACCA